AUGACCCCCGGAAGUAGGGAACUUGGCAACAACAUCCUGGAGAAGUCCAAGAGCAAUGAAGUGUUACAGGAGAUCUUGACCCCAGCUACUAUAAUGGUGGUCAAUGUCACAGCGUCCACUACACAGGGGUCAGAGCUGACCCCCGAGGAACUGGCUGUCGUUAACGAAGCAUGUAAAAUGGCCGUCGACCUGACGGAGUGCAAGGCUAAGAUCUUUGAGUAUGUGGAGUCUCGUAUGUCCUUCAUCGCCCCCAAUCUGUCCAUCAUCGUGGGAGCCUCCAUAGCCGCCAAACUCAUGGGAACUGCUGGGGGCCUGACAAAUUUAUCCAAAAUGCCGGCCUGUAACGUUCAAAUACUUGGUGCACAGAAAAGAACCUUGUCUGGAUUUUCAACAGCCGCCAUUCUCCCCCACACAGGACACGUGUAUUACAGUGAAAUCGCCCAGAAAACUCCGCCGGACCUGAGGAAGAAAGCGGCCCGUCUAGUGGCUGCCAAGUGUACACUGGCUGCCCGGGUGGACAGCUUCCACGAGAGCGUGGACGGAGCCAUCGGUGACAGCCUAAGGGCAGAGAUCGAGCAGAAACUUGACAAGCUUCAGGAACCACCCCCCGUCAAAACGGUCAAACCACUGCCAGCCCCUAUUGAGCAGUCCCGGAAAAAACGAGGAGGAAGAAGGGCAAGAAAAAUGAAAGAAAGAUUAGGAUUAACAGAAGUUAGAAAAGCGGCCAACAGAAUGAACUUUGGAGAGAUUGAGGAAGAUGCUUAUCAAGAUGAUCUGGGAUUUUCUCUCGGAGCUUUAGGCAAAUCGCGGUCUGGAAAAAUCCGUGGGCCAGUGGUGGACUCCAAAACCAAGGCCCGAAUCUCUAAGACUCUACAGGCUAAAGUUCAGAAGCAGAACAAUGUUUGGGGAGGAAGUACAACAGUGAAACGACAGAUUGCUGGAACAGCGUCCAGUGUGGCAUUUACACCCCUACAGGGACUUGAGAUCGUGAACCCCCAGGCUGCGGAACGUAAAGUACAAGCCGCCAAUGCCAAGUACUUCUCCAGUACAUCUGGGUUCCACAAAAUCAAGAAGGGAGACACGUGACGGUGGCAGUGCCAUUUUCUGGUUGGCUUACUGUGUGUGUGUCGGUAGAAAGCCUUGAUGUAUAUCUUUCUACGUUUUUGAUUAUUUCAGCGAGAUCAAAUCUAUAUGUUACUGGUAUGUUUGUGGAAUACCUGACAUGGUUUUACAAAACUGUUGAUCAUUGUGAUGUAAUUGUCUCAUGUCAUCUUAUGAUAUUGUUUUAUAUAAUCCAAACUGAAAUAUGUGGAAUAAAGUCAUUACAAUGUA